CCUUCCGGAGCGCUUUCCGGGCGCGGGGCGCGCUGGCGGUGCUGCAGCACUUCGACCCCCUCUACAGUUUGCUCCACCACUUCCGAGCUGUGGAGACUACUGUCAAGGAGGAUGCCCUGGAACUGAUGAUGCAGGUGGUGUCCCGUCAUUCCAAUGAUCUUCCUGCCAUCUUGGGUGAUUCUGGGCUGAGCCGUGCAGACCGCGCUGCUCACCUCAAUGCUCUUAAGAUGAACUGCUAUUUGUUGACUGGCCUGGUGGACGCCUUUGAAGUGGAAACCUGCAAAAAUGGUUUGCUGGAGGUGCAUCCUGGUGGGAAGAAUAAGAAGAACUGUACCAAGAACUCUGGAUCCUUGUGGGAAGAAGAUAAGGAGCCACUCUUACGGCUGCUCACACAGCUGCUGCAGCUGGAUCUCCGUCAGCUUUGGGGUGGUUUGGUGGUGGAAGAUGAGUUUAUCAGCUUAAUGACGGGAAUCUCCUACCGUAUCCUGGAAAAUCCAAGUAUCGGUCUUCAGAGGUACCGGGCCAUACGGGAUGCUGUGACACAUCUGCUUGCUGCAGCCCUGACUCACUAUGAUCACAUGUUCAGUGCCACUCUGAAGAUCACACAGAUGCUGCAGCACUUUGAACAUGUAGCCCCAGUGUUUGCGCAGGCUGUGAGCUGCUGGGCUACAGAGUAUGGUCUGAAAAGCCUGGUGGGUGAAUUGUUAAGGGAAAUAGGACAGAAAUGUCCGCAGGAUCUGGCCCGUGAUGCUUCUGGAUUCAAAGGUUCUGCUACCUUUAUAACUGAACUGGCUGAACAAAUUCCAGCUGUGGUGUUAUCCAACAUGAGCGUUCUCCUGCCUCACUUGGAUGAGGAGAGUUACACGAUGCGAAAUGCUGUUCUGGUGGCUAUGGCAGAAGUGCUGGUGCAGGUGCUGAAUGGCAACCAGCUGGAGGAAGCUGCCCGUGGUACUCGGGACCAGUUCUUGAAUAUACUGCAGGCCCACAUCUGUGAUGUCAAUGGCUUUGUGCGCAGCCGUGUGCUGCAGCUUUUCACUCGAAUCGUUCAGUGCAAGGCCCUGCCUUUGACUCAGUUUCAGUCUGUGUUAUCGCUGGCUGUUGAACGUCUCAGAGACAAAUCUGUGAUAGUAGUUAAAAAUGCGAUCCAGCUCCUGGCUGCAUUUUUGUCCAACAAUCCCUUCUCCGGCAAGUUAAGCUGUACUGACUUGGCCGAGCCACUGAAGAAAGAGGUGCAGAAGCUGAAAGAAAUGAAGGACCAUAGCAGAUCUACAGCAGCUCCAGCAAUCCCUCCAGAGGAAGAGUGGGAAGCGAUGCUGCCAGAAGUUAGGGCUGCCACAGAGCAGCUCUUUCAACCACUGCAGGAAGGAGAAGAGGAGGUGCUGGAGGUUGAGGAAACGGUGGAGAGUACAUCAGAGAAAAUUACUGGCCUGCUGAGGAGGCUGAAUUACAAGAGUGCAGCCCGCCUUACGCAGAAGGCCCUGUGUCGCUUCCAGGGGAAGGAACCCUUCAGCGGCCCCAUGGAGGAAAACAAGGAGGCAACAAUCCUGGGCGUUCUGAAGAGACUUUACAUAGGUUCAUGCCCAGGUGAGAACAGUGAGGAUUCUCCACAUGGCAACAGUAGUUGUGAAACUGAGGAAGCUGCACUGGAAGAGCAACCUCAAACAGAGCUGGCCAAACAGGAGAUGUUGGUGCAAUACCUGAAAGAUGCUUACAACUUCUCAGUGAAAAUCACAGAAGCCCUGGGCCUGAUCAGCAAGAUGAUGUAUGAAACCUGUGUCUCAGUGGUGCAGGAAGCCAUUGAGUUCUUUGUGACAGUCUCACAGUUUGGUGUGCCCCAGGGGGUGCUUGGAGUCCGCAAGAUGCUCCCCCUUGUAUGGUCAAAAGAGCCUGGUAUUAAAGAGGCCGUGCUGAAUGCCUACAGGCGGCUCUAUCUGAGCCCCAGCGGGGAUUCAGAGAGAGCCAGGGCCCAGAGCCUGGUGAAUUCUCUCUUUCUCAUCAUGGUGGAUGCAUCAGUAGGAGCAAUACAGUCCCUGGAAGAAAUAAUCUCAGAGUUUGUGCAGAAAGAUGAAAUAAAGCCUGCUGUGAUCCAGCUGCUUUGGGAGCGAUUCACAGAAAAGUCUCAGUGCUCAUCACUUGAACGACGCGCUGCUGUGAUGCUGCUGGGCAUGAUGGCACGAGGGAAGCCAGAGAUCAUAGGUAGCAACCUGGAUGUCUUGGUGCCUGUAGGACUGUCCGAGAAGGUCUGUGAAGACUAUCAGCUGGCUCAAGAAGUAUGCAAUGCAAUCUCCAAACUUGCCAGUAACCCUCGG